GACCGAGUCGUCGGCAACAGUCGUUGCAGAGACGAGCAAAGGCACAGAGCAAAACGACCUUUCUAAAUUCCAAUCCUGCCACGGCAAACGACUUAUUGAUUGAUUCCUCCAUUAACUAUUUGUUCAUUUCUCUCACCAAUUUCUGCAUCUACAAAAGUACAUUCGCACGGAUUGAAGAAUGAAGCCAAUUAUUUCUUAAUUCUGUUCUUUUCCUCUUCCACUAGCUACUCUCGAAUCCCAAAUCCCGCCCCUGAAGGCCCAAAAAACCCGACCCCCAGCCACCACUGCGGCAGAUCCACCCACCGGUUUAGCGAUCGAUCAAUUUAAAUUCAUUUUCAAAGAAAGGAGAGCUGGAGUCUCUACAGGAAACCCCGUCCUUGAAGGCUCCUGGGAACGGACAGAUACGGUACAGAUCACCAUCAUCUGCAGAACUCUUGGAGGGUCAGAAUCACCCUUUGUCCGAUCCCGAUCAAUUGGAUCAGCUGGAGAAGAUGUUGAAACGGACGAGACCACAAGAGUCCUUCUCCGACAAGGUGUACAAGUUCCGAGGCGUCAUCCUCGUUGUGUCCAUUCCUCUUCUCCUUAUUUCUUUCGUUCUCCUUCUCAUGCCCCGUUCCUCCGAUGACGGCCUCAUCUCGAUGGAAGCCGCAGCAAGUCUCCUCAGAUCAUCUUCCCACGGAUCUAAGAGCUAUGCUGUCAUUUUCGACGCUGGAAGCUCCGGUAGCAGGGUCCACGUCUAUUGUUUCGAUGAAAAUUUGAAUCUUGUCCCCAUUGGGAAAGAGCUCGAACUCUUCGUACAGAAAAAACCAGGUUUGAGCUCAUAUGCUCACAACCCCCAGCUGGCUGCAGACUCGCUCCAGUCUCUUUUGGAUCAAGCAGAAAAUGUUGUUCCCCAAGGGUUGCACCACAAGACACCAGUGAGAGUAGGGGCAACAGCUGGUCUGAGGGCCUUGGAAGGUGAUGCAUCUGACAGAAUUUUGCAAGCGGUUAGGGAUUUUCUUGAAGACAAGAGUUCGUUGAAGUCAAAAUCAGACUGGGUCUCUGUCCUCGAUGGAUCUCAGGAGGGCGCCUUUCAGUGGGUUACUAUAAACUAUUUAGUAGGGAAUUUGGGAAAGAAAUACUCAAGUACAGUUGGAGUAGUUGAUCUUGGAGGUGGAUCUGUUCAAAUGGCAUAUGCAAUCUCAGAAAACGAUGCUGCAAAAGCUCCGAAGAUAUUGAACGGAGAGGAGACAUAUGUUAAAGAACUUUUUCUCAAAGGAGCCAAAUAUUAUCUCUAUGUCCAUAGUUACUUGCAUUAUGGUUUAUUAGCAGCUCGGGCAGAGAUUCUGAAGGCUGUGGAAGGCUCUGGCAACCCAUGCAUCUUAAACGGCUAUCAUGGGUCGUACAAAUAUGGGGGGACUGUAUAUGAAGCAUUCGCAUCUCCAUCAGGUUCCAACCUUGGCAACUGCAGAGAGGCUGCUAUCAAGGCUCUUAAAGUCAAUGAAUCAACUUGUACACACAUGAAGUGCACAUUUGGUGGGGUAUGGAAUGGUGGUGGUGGGGAUGGACAGAAAAAUCUGUUUGUUGCUUCCUUUUUUUUUGACAGGGCUGCUGAGGCUGGUUUUGUGGACCCUAACCUUCCAGUUGCAAUAGUUCGACCUGUGGACUUUGAGGAGGCAGCUAAACGUGCUUGUGAAACCAGACUUGAGGAUGCAAAAUCCACGUACCCACGUAUUGAAGAGGAGAAUCUACCUUACCUUUGCAUGGACCUUGUCUAUCAGUUCACGUUGCUUGUAGAUGGGUUUGAUGUAGAUCCAUGGCAAGAGAUCACAUUGGUGAAGAAAGUGAAGUAUGGGAAUGCAUUGGUUGAAGCAGCAUGGCCACUUGGUAGUGCCAUUGAAGUCGCAUCCGCAUCAACAUGACUUGAACAAGUUUUAGUGGAACAGGUUCCAUUUUGCAAUGGUAGUUCUGGAGCACAACUACCAAAGUUUCUAUAAUGUUGAGAUGUUUGCAGACGAUGUCUUCUAUGAUCAUGGGAUCAGGUUUGAGUUGUGCAUCAGAUAAGAGAUUUGAAUUUUUUUGGGAUCAAAUUUUGAGAAGCAGAACAAGAUGUGAUGAUUCAUAUUCUUUUUGUAUCAUAAAUUCAAUACUUUCUAAAGAAAAUUGAGAGCGAUGUUUUCAUU